CCCUCCCACCGGUCCUGCACCACGCGCUCCUCUCCUACUAUUGUGCGCUUUCGUGUUCAGAGCGGGUUGGCGCUCCCGUUUAAAGCCACCGGCUGAGGUUGCAUUUGUGGGGAAGCAUUCACAGCCGCCGGUUUUUCCAUUUUAUUUGGGAAGAAGUACUGAUUAGCCCGCGCGCACCCACGCGAAGCUCCUGGCCUUCAGCUUGCAGUGGGAGCAGCCCGGGCCUAGAGAGGGGAUUUUUUUUUCCCCCCAUCCUUUUCCCCCCUUUCUGCACUACGGGAAGCGUCCCGGAAAGCCGCGGUUAAGCGCAGAAAAAGAAAGCCAGCUAGCCAGAAGGAUAAAGAGCAACUGCAGACACAGCGGGGAGAGGUGGGCGAAGCCAUGGCCCUGCGCUGCGCCCCUAAACGGCAAUACUGAAUGGUACACAACUUGAGGAGGUCUCCUAGCAACCUUCCUUAGGCAUCCUGCCUGCUUUUAACUGGAAAGCAGGAAAGAGGCCGAGCAAUUGAUGAGUUUGCCCUGGGAGUGUAUACAGAGGUGAAAUUGAAGGUGAACAUGGGUCAGAAGGUCACAGGAGGAAUAAAGACUGUGGACAUGAGGGACCCAGCGUACCGGCCCCUGAAACACGAACUCCAGGGUCUGGACUACAGCAAGCCCACUCGGCUGGACCUGCUGUUGGACAUGCCUCCGGUGGCCUACGACAUCCAGCUGCUCCACUCAUGGAACAACGACGACCGGUCACUGAACGUCUUCGUCAAGGAGGACGACAAACUUAUUUUUCACCGGCAUCCGGUGGCCCAGAGCACGGACGCCAUCCGGGGCAAAGUCGGCUACACCCGGGGGCUUCACGUGUGGCAGAUCACGUGGGCGAUGAGGCAGCGGGGCACUCAUGCCGUCGUCGGGGUAGCAACCGCAGAUGCGCCGUUGCACUCGGUGGGGUACACAACCCUCGUGGGCAACAACCACGAAUCCUGGGGCUGGGACCUGGGGCGCAAUCGGCUGUACCACGACGGGAAGAACCAGCCCAGCAAGACCUAUCCCGCCUUUCUGGAGCCGGAUGAGACUUUCAUCGUGCCAGACUCUUUCCUCGUGGCUCUGGACAUGGACGAUGGGACCCUGAGCUUCAUCGUAGACGGCCAGUACAUGGGUGUUGCCUUUCGUGGACUCAAGGGGAAAAAACUCUACCCGGUUGUGAGUGCGGUCUGGGGCCACUGUGAAAUACGGAUGCGCUACUUGAAUGGACUUGAUCCAGAACCACUGCCCCUGAUGGACCUCUGUCGCCGCUCAGUGCGCCUCGCUUUGGGCAAGGAACGUCUGAGUGAAAUUCACACCCUGCCUCUGCCAGCCUCCCUCAAGGGCUACCUGCUCUAUCAGUGACCGCCGGCCGGCUGCAGGACUCCCUCCACCACAUAGCUGCCUUCAGGAAUACCAACCAGUGCCCACCUGAGGAGCCUGCCCUCCUGGGACUCUCCUCCCCUCCUCCCUGGCAUCGCCAGGCUGAAACUCCCUCCCAUCACUUCCCACCACCCACUCCAAUCACUGAAGCUCCUUCAGUCACCUCCACCGGCCUCUCACUGUUCUCUCUGGCUGUCGGUCCUCCCUGUCCCCACCAGAGCCCAUGCCAAAUUCCAGCUAACCCCAAAACCAAUGAGGUCUUCUGUCUAUCCCUGGAAAUGGCCUCUGUGCCAAGAGAGGCUGAGCCUCCUGCAGACUGCCUUCAUCCUCCUUAAAAAAAAAACACAAUGGAAUAAACAACACUUAGAGGAAUUAGCUCUUUAGCUCUGGGGGUAAGAGACCUCUCCACCUCUGCCCAGAGAGAAAGACAUUCCCUUAGCAUCCCAAACUUUAUCAAAGUCUAGAGGGAAACCAUCUCCAGUGAGGAGCUGGAGAGAUGCUUUCAGCCCAUUGGCAGUCCCAGAGCUAUCCGGGGCGGCCCUGGGCCAGAAAAAGAAAGUGCCGCAGUAGGUUAAGCUUCUAACACCAAAAAUGCAUCACGGAGCCUUUUGAACACAAAGCCUGGACCUGGACAAGGUGGAAAAGCAGCAGCUAGUGUCAGUCCCGUGAGGGAUGUUCUCACCCUGCAUCCUCAUUAUUUAUUCUCUAAAUAGACAAAAAAGAGUCCAUUAUUUAUUCCAUGUAGAAAAUCUUUGUUCUGUCCCUUCUGUCCGCUGGGUCCUCUUGCCCCGGCCACACGUGACCCUGGUCCUCCUUACCCCCCACACCCCCGCCAACCUCCUUUUCCGGCGGCCGGAUGGAUGUUUCUGAGUUGACCUGUGGUUUUGGAGAGAGUUUGGGCAGUGGCAGAGGCCUGCUGCCCUGGGUCCCUCCAUGACUGGAGGUGCCACGUGCAAUAUGGACGUCUUCAUCGGACCCACCUGGAUCAACACACAGGAACCCUGCCCUCCUUUCCCGUACCCACCCACCUUCUUGCUCUCACAAGGGGUAUACUUCCUUUGGGAGGGAGGGUUAGGGUAUGUGUGCUAAAGUGUUCCUGAAAACAAUUUGGCCAAAGCAUAUCCUCCACUUGGGAAAACCGCCUGAAAAUUUUUUCCCUUGGGGUUCUUGGGCAGU